UUGAGGCGCUGCCAACUCGUCACUCAGUCAUUUUUUUUUUUUAGAGCUUCCCGGCACUGAGACUAGUUUCAGCAGCCAACUCCUUUUACUUAAAUUUCCAAGCACAUUUCACACACAUCCAAGUACAGCAGACUUUUUUAAGUAGAGCCAAAUUUUGUUCGACAGCUAGAAACAGCAAGCGGAGAGACAAAUGGAUACCGAAGUGGAACUGACCAGCGCAUUGCUGCAGGCAACCGAUACGCAGCCGGCGGUCCAGCCAGGCGAAAGUCUGCCCUGGCCACAAGUUGUGUACCUUUACCAGCCGCUGGAGGAUUCGCAGCUGCUGCUGCCGGAGCACGCCAGCUGCCUGGCCGUGAAGACCUAUUUGCGCAUGUGCCGCCUGCCCUAUAUGGAGCGCCAGUGCGACAAUGCGGAGUUCAUGUCGCCGGGCGGGCGGCUGACCAAGCUGCCGUUGCUACGCCUUGAUCACCGCCUCUUCACCGAGUUCGAGCCGAUUGUGGGCUAUGUGGAGAGCACGCAGCUGGACCAUGCGCUCAGCUCCUGGCUGGACGCCGAGGAGCGCGAGGAUAUGCGCAGCGAGGUGACGUACGUGGAGAACACCUUCACCCUGGCCGAGAUGCAUCAGUGCUACAGGGAGACGCCGAUAUUCGCGAAUUACACACAGCCGCGCAUCGGCGCCGCCCAUCCGUGGCCCUUGAGCAGCAUUCGACGACACGAGAAGUCCGAGGAGGCGCUGCGCCUGCUGCGCGUCUAUCAAUGGCACGAUCUGGACGCACCCGGGGUCCAGAUGCAGUUGCAACAAUGCUGCAAGCUGCUCAGCGACAAGCUGGAGGCGAACGAGGAGAACGCCGAGCUCAUCGCGGGCUACCUGUGGGGCCAGCAGCUGUGCGAGCUGGAUGCCCUCGUCUUCGGUCAUGUGACGGCCAUUCUGGCCAGCCAGCUGGUCAGCCCCAUGCUGGCCGACACAGUGCGCGCCUACCCGCGCCUCGUCGCCCACAGUCGUGGCAUCGAUCAGGCCUACCACCAGGGCAAGCAGCUAGCGAACGAGGACUAGCAGCGAGCAGCAGCUCUUAAAGCGUAUUAAAGUCAGAGCCGAAAAAAAGAACCACAAAUUUAGCUGAAGUGAACGACUACGGAAUACCCUUUUAAAUGCAACUGAUACUCUGGACGGUGCAAGCUCCUCGACUGUCAAGGCCCGUAAGAUAAUGUGUAGAGUGUUAGCUAUGUCGGCUAGGUGCAACCUUUUCACUUAUUAUUGUUACUUUUACUUUUUAUGGAGCUGGGGUACUUGGAGCACAAUCAAAAAUAUGCAAAACAUUUACAAUA